AGUGUAAGGAAGAGUAAAGCAGGUCAUGGGAAGAGGGGCUCAGAGGAGGAAGAGCAGGCAGGGGCUCAGGCCAAGGAGAAGAGAGGGAUCCUCUCCCUUUGCACAAGGCGGAGGGGAUGCUCUUGCCAACUCUGCUCGGGAAAGAAAGAAGCCAGUUGAUGCAAAAGUAUUUUGGAACCAGAUGGAAGAUAGCAAAGUGGACUUGAUAUUUGAGCAGGUACAGAAGGUACUUUCAUCUCUGAAGCAGAAGAUCAAGGAUGGAACUGCAACAAAUGAAGAAUGCUACCAAGCUCUGGCACUUGUGAAUCAAGUGGAUAGAACUGAUGUCUUACCUUGGAUGAAUGACAAGCAAGAGGCAUUAUCAGGGUUGAAGGACACAUUCCAGCCAGAGCCAGUGAGCUGGUGGCUUCGGGAGAGUUCUGGGGCCCAGAGAGAGAUGGCACAAGAGAGAGAUGGCACAUAUAUGGUCCCUGAGCCUGAGAUUCCCCACCCCUGCUUUAAAGGUCACCUGUCUCGAGUUGCUAGAGUUUAUAUUUUAUUCUUCAAAGUAAACAAUGCUGUUGCUGAGGAAGAUAGGCAGAAAUGCGAGCCUGGUUUACAUCCUUCUGCCUCAAGGGAAAUUGCAGGAAAUCCUGGAGAUUAUUUUUCUUCAAGAAUGGAAAUAAAGGAGACAAUACAUUCAAGGAGUAAAGGCGAACCUACAGAAAUGUCUUCAAAACUCCUGUAUCGAGAUCAUGUCUGCUCUAAACAAUGUCUUGCCCGAAGGCCAUGGAACUCAUACAGGGGUGAAAACCCUCUUAAUCUGCCAAUACUAUGUCACUUCCAAAGAUGGCAUGCAAAAGCAGAUUCUGUGUCAAAGUCGCAUGAUGUGAUAUACAAAGCUCCCUGUGGAAGGAGUCUGAGAAAUUUUCAAGAUGUUCAGAAUUACUUGUUUCAAACAGAGUGCAGCUUCUUAUGUUUAGAUCAUUUUUCUUUCAAUACCUAUGUACAGGUAUUUAGAAACAUUCCUUUUCGCCAAGCGUUUGUAUUUGAUUUUGAUAUCAGCAAAGGAGCAGAGACUGUCCCAGUUUCUUUCUGUAAUGACAUAGGUCAUGAUCACCUACCUUACUUUAAAUAUCGGAAGGUCUCUUGGCCCCAUGGAUACUUCUUGAACAAUUUCUCCAGCAUGUUUUUUGACUCGUGCAGCUGCACAGACGGCUGCACUGACAAGACAAAAUGUGCAUGUCUGCUUCUUACUGAAAGAAACUGCUGUGAAGUUUCUGUGACUUCAGGAAAAGAAACAUCUAAUGGAUAUAAUUAUAAAAGACUGGAUGGACCUAUUCCUAGCGGAAUUUAUGAAUGCAGCUUGUUAUGCAGCUGUGACAAGAUGAUGUGCCAGAACAGAUUAGUGCAGCACGGCCUUCAGGUUCGGCUACAAGUCUUCAAUACUGAAAAGAAGGGCUGGGGGGUCCGUUGCCUUGACGACAUCGACAAAGGAACUUUUGUUUGCACAUACUCAGGCAGACUGAUGAGCAAAGAUGAAUCCAGGGAACCUAAAGAUGGAGAUGAUAAGGUUGAAGAGGAAGUUACAGAGAAUAGUGACAGAAGCCAUUCUUUAUUUCCAAAAAAGAGAAAACUGGGCACAGUCUGUUACGAUUCAGAGAUUGAAUUUAUCCAAACCACUGGGAAAAAGAAAUCAUUGCAUGUAAAAGCUGGAGGUCAACCAACUGUAAUUCAGAACAACAACUAUAACAGUAUUUGGAGUUACCAAGGUGUCACAAGACCGAAAACCAGAACAUCUAUUCUUCAGAGUCAUCGGAGGCAACUAGGAAUUACUGAUGCCAGUUCAGAUGAAGAGGAGAGUCCCAUGUGCCAGGAAUCAAGAAGAAGAAAAGCACCUGGUACAGCCAAGAAAGGCGAUGGACAAUCAAGCCUACAAGAAGAGUUCGGGGAAAUGGUGAGCACUCUACAGUCUGAAGGUAAUAAAGAGAAUCCUCUUUCCAACACCACUUUGAACAGUAAGCCAGCUGGACAAGAUGACGGAUGGAUUAAAAAACAAUGCAAGGACCUGUUCUGGACUGAUAGCACACGCAAGGAAAAUAUCAGGAAAGGCAGAGAAGAACUUGCUCACAAUAAGGAGGCAAUAGAAGAUAAUGAAACACACCUAAAGAAUAAAGAGAAUCCCUGUUUGCUGGAUGCCACCAGGGAAGGCAAUGUAGGCAGGUUUCUUAAUGUAAGUAACAGUGCUACGUCUUCCUUGCUGCAAAUCAAGCUAAUGUUUUGUAAAGGUCUGGGCAUGAUCAUUUCCCCAGUAGCUCACAAACGUUGUGUCAGGGUUCUGAAUAUGAACAACCUUCAGUACUCAUAUUCCUCCUCCAGAAACAGUGUGCAGGUCCCUCCUCUAUUUUUGCGUUUGGCAUUUUUUUUAAAAAAAAAUAUGUCACCUUGCCAGCACAGCCGGCAUCCUUCCCUCCAAGAGGUCUCCGAGCGGCAGCUAGAUGUGGUGACCCCUUCCACCAGCUCCGCCUCUGCCGGCUUUGCUCGUGCUGGCCUCCAAGAGGACAUGUUUUCUGAAUGGGAGAAAGCUAUACGUCCUCCACAGCAAGAAGUUAAAGAAUUAGCAACUCAAGUAAAAGAAACCACACAAGUAACAGUGGAGGUGAAGGAGCAGGGAAUGAAGCACAAGGCGGCCAUUAAAGCCCUGUCACUAGAGCACAAUAAUAUAAAGAAGCAGAUUGCUGACCUGGAGGAUCGCUCUCGCCGCCAGAAUCUGAGAAAACCCAAUCCGGACCAUGUUUUUAAUGAGACCUCACUGCAAGAAGCCAGACUCGGCUUGAAAGUGCUGCUCGGGCGGGGCUCGCGCCGUUUCUCUGGAGGUUCACCCUUCGGCAGGCGGGGCGCGCGGAUGGCGAGGCGCAGGCGUGGCAAAGCGGCUGCCGGUGACGUCGGCCGGGCGUUGCAGAAGGGACCGCGGGAGCUGCUCCAGACGGCGCGGUGCCGCCCUCCCGAGCCGCGUGACUUUGCAAAGCAAACUAGGAUAAUGGCGAAGAUGGUAAAAAGACAAUGUGCAUUUUGCCCAGAGGAUGAAGAAUGUGCCAUUAUGUAUGUUGCUGAAGGACAAAACCUUGCAGUUCAUCAAGAUUGUUUGUUAUAUUCCUCGGGAUUUGUGGAAUCUGAAGAACAUAACCCUGAGAAUCUUGAUAUAAGGUUUGAUGUGGCUUCAGUAAUGAAUGAAAUAAAAAGAGGAAAGAGGCUGAUAUGCAAUUUCUGUCGCAAGAAAGGAGCCACUGUUGGUUGCGAGAUAAAACACUGUCGCAGAAGUUACCAUUAUUUCUGCGCUCUGUGUGAUGAUGCCGCAAUAGAAACAGAUGAAAUGCAAGGCAUUUACCGAGUGUUCUGUCCAAACCAUGAUCCAGUCAAGAAGACCAGUUUUUAUGAUGAAGACAAGAAGAAGGGGAGGUCUCCAAUCAUAAUGAAAUCUUCCUCCGCUAGACAAAAAAUGAGUGAUAAAGAGACAGUUGCAGAAGAGAGCCUACACGUCCUCAAGAAAAAACAUGACCGGCAUAAAGUAAGGAUAGACAUUUUAAGGAAGUGUAAGCAGGCUGGGCUUCUUGAUGAAAUCUUUGAGGAAAUGUUAGACACUCUUCAUCUGGCACAGGAAAAGCUGAUGGAUGACAACACUUCUGAAGCAGAAUAUGAAGAAACAGUAAUAUCACUUUUUGACUGUGGCCUAUUUGAAAAUAUACUUACGGCAGCUCACUCUGGUGGAGUCAAGUCGCACCUGAGAUCAUCUUUACAUGCUCAUAGAAGACCGUUUCACGGAACAGAGGAGAAAAUCCAGCAGCUACUGAACACACGGAAAAGACUGGAUACUCAGAUUGAGUUUCUAAAGGAUUUGAAAGAAGUAGUACUUCCUGCCACAGAAGACACAGCUAGUGUUUCUAAUAGUAUCUCUGAAUGACCUACAUCUUUUUGUAAUAGCUCCUUCUAUAUGGUUCUUGCCUAAAACUGUCAGCCUGCUUUUCUUCUACAUCAUGUUUGUAAUAACUGCUCUUUUCUUAGUCCUCACAACUGACACUCACAACUGACAGUCCAGCAUUGUUACCCGUUUGUUUUCAAGGUCAAAUUUGCUUUUGGACUGUUGCUGAAUUCAUGUAUGUGAUCAUUGCAGGGGAUAGGGGGGUGCAGUCUGCAUCCACAAGCCAGUAGCCACCUCUAAGAUCAUGCCUGUACGUCCCAUGUGUCUACGCUAGAAUUGAUAAGAGAGAACGAAGCAAGUUUACCACGUGCUCUUUAUAGCUUCUUUGCAACUGGGCCUCUAGAAUCUCUCCAGUUGCUGCUGGACUCCCAAGUCUCAUCAGUCCCAGCCAGCAUGCCCCCAAGGGAGGGAUGAUAGGAGCUUGAGUCCUGCAGCAACUGGAGACCCCAAGAUUAGCCACUCCUGCCCAAGAGGGGGAAAAAUAAUAAUUGUCAGCUGCUCCCCAUACCUUUUAAAUGAAUGGAAGCUUUUCAUAAUUAUUCCUUCAAGGCACAGGUAGAAGUUUAACUGAAAUGAAAUACUAGUUUUACUUUCCAAAGAGAAAUUAAGAAAUAUUUCUACAUGCUGUUUUACAAAAUGGAUUCUAUAUGUAAAGUGACUGUAUAGAUGUAACCUAGACCAAGCAUUAGAGGCUUUCAGAUAUCUCAGGUCUUUAUGUGAAAUUGUUGAAAAGAAUCAGAUACUUAAAACAUUUGUGUGUAUGUGUAAAGAAUAUUUGCAGUUGUUUAAUUAGAGAAUUGUAAACAAUUCUUUAAUAAAGAUUUUUGUAAUAAAAUAUAGUGGUUUAAAUAUGUA